AUGAGUAUCCAUGAAUAGUUGUUACAAAUGGUGACAGACGUAAGUAGUUAUAAGUGUAUGUAGAUUUGCAGCUCACUUAAAUAGGAACCAGCUGUAACAAAGGUGUAGAGUACACAAGAGAUUCUGAAUGCACUCAAACUUCUAAUCUUUAUACUACUCGAAUUAGUAUCUCAAAACAAAAGCCUCGAAUAUGAUGAAUUAGAAAAGGCAGUCUAAAAAGCUGAAGCAGAGAUUCGUUCUCAUGUUAGGGUAUCAUAGAAGGCAUAAUUGUAGUUAGAAUAAUAGAUGAAACUUUACACUGAUAACCUAUAAGAGAAGAUUGAACAACUUGAAUUGGAAAAGCAAUAAAUAGAAUAAGAUCGUAAGGCAUCAACUUUACAAUUAAAUUUUUUAUCUUCCAAAGAAAUGGAAAAGAAGCCAUCCAAUUUGUCUCAACAACGUGAAGGAAGCCCAAACGUAGUUAAGAAAUCUUACAUAAUGGGCAAUUAGAUAUAUCAUCGGCAACAUUAAUCUAACUUAAUCACUUAUCAAGAUUAGCAAAUACCCAAUAAAACUACAUCUUAGGAACCUAUAAAUCGUGAACGUAGAAGUGCCAACACUCAACAUAUCAGUUACAUUCCAGGAAAAGGACUCCCAUUGAAGAACAAUGUCUCUCAUUAAAAUAACUCUAUCCACAAUCCACCAUCAAAUAGAAAAGAUGAUAGAAAUAAAUCCCAAUAAUCUCAAGAAAGAGUCAUUGAUAAAAGCUAAUCAUUAUUAAAAUCUUAGAAUAGCUACUCCUACAUUAAAAUGUAUAAUAUUUAAAAAUUGAUUAUAAAUAAAAAUCAGAAUGACAAUAUUAAGUAAGCUACUUAAUUAACAUAGUAAACCAAAAGCAAAACCAUUCAUGGAGUAUGUAACAAUAUUUUAGAUGAAUCUCAUUAUAAAAAGAAAUGA